UAUCGAUUGUGAGUGGGAAGCGAUAUAUUUCAUGAAGAAAUAGAUAUCCAAAAUUGGAGGUAUGGGACAAAUGAAGAAGUUUGUGUUUGUGUUGUUGGUGUUAAGUGCGUCAGUAGUAGAGCAAAUAGAGGGGAAAGGGUAUGAGAAGCCGCUUAACUGUGGCCACCUUGAAUGUGCUCCAUACACACUUAUUCAUAGCCAUCCUGAAUUCGAGAUUAGAAGUUAUUCAAAGGCUACGUGGGUGGCUACUCCCCCCAUCUCCUCUCCCUCCUACACAUAUGCUGUAUCAAUUGGCUUCAAAAUUCUCUUUGCUUACAUCCGGGGCAACAAUGAUGCAGCAGUGAAAAUGAAUAUGACAGCACCAGUUUUGGUUAAUAUACAUCCAAGGACAGAACAUCUCCAGAAUUCAACCUAUGUAGUUCACUUUUACGUGCCCCAAAAAUUCCAAAGAACCCCUCCCCUAUCAGCUGAAGCACAGCCAGUGGAGUUGCCUCAACACAAAUAUGCAGCUGUGAGGAGAUUUGGAGGUUUCAUGGAUGACUCCAACAUCUCUGUUCAACUAUCAGCCUUGAAGAAAAGCCUCAAAGGCACUGGUAGGGAUAAAUCAUCAGCCUCCAUUCAACACAGUGGCCGCUUUCUGCUGUACAGUGCUGCUGGUUACAAGUCUCCCUUUGAACAUGAGAAUCGUGUAAAUGAAGUGAUGUUAUGGUUCGAUUAGCUUUCAUUAAUCUUAAGGCAGCAAAAAUAAUAUGUAAAAGAUGAUAAAAGAAAAUUGAGAUCGUUUACUACUAACCAAAA